ACAAGAUUUUUGCUAUAAAUGGUCCCAGUUUUGAGUUAACUUUGCGGGUGCUUUGUAAGAAGCGAACAUUGUCGGUCAUACGCUCGCGAUUCGAUAAUAUUAAAGCUUUUAACAUGAUUAUAACUGCAAUACUUUUCCUGCUACUAACCGCAUUGAGUGGCAUCUACAUGUGGUUUCAACGAAAUCACAGCUACUGGAAGCGCAAAGGAAUUCCUUAUAUAAAGCCUACUCCCAUUUUGGGUAAUACCUUGGCGGUGUUCCAGCAGAAGAGGUUUUUUGGCAUGCAUAUCUCGGACAUAUACAGGGAUCCCCGGAUGGAGAAUGAGGCUGUAGUAGGCAUCUAUGUGUUUAAUAAGCCAGCUCUAGUUAUUCGAGAGCCAGAACUCAUUAAAUCCGUGCUGAUCAAGGAUUUUAAUCGUUUCACGAAUCGGUAUGCACGCUGUGAUCCUCAUGGCGAUGUCCUUGGCUCAAAUAAUCUCUUUCUUGUGCGCAAUCCUCAGUGGAAGGAGAUUCGCACCAAAUUGACGCCAGUUUUUACCAGCGGCAAACUCAAAGCUAUGUAUCCUCUGAUGCAGGAGAUAUGCGCAGAUUUGGAAUCGCAUUUGACAAAACAUAAUCCCGGCAUGAAUGUCCCUUAUAUCUCGGAUAUUAAAAGUGUUUGCUCGAGGUUCACAGCAGACUCGAUUGCAACCAUUGCCUUUGGUAUUCGCGCUGACAGCUUGCAGAAUCCGGAUGCAGAGUUCCAUACUCAGGGAUGCAAGGUCUUAAAGCCAACGCUAAUGCGCAGCAAGGAUUUCUUUGUGGUCUUCUUUUUGCCAAAACUCGUGGCCCUCCUCCGUGCCAAGUUCUUCACAGACGAAUAUUCAAAUUUCUUACGGAAGAGCAUCAACCAUGUGAUGGCGGAACGGGAGCGGUCGUCCACCAUACGCAAUGAUCUCAUUGAUGUAUUGGUGGGACUGAGAAAAGAGGCAGCCCAGGAUCCUACAAAGCCACAUCUAGCCAAAAACAACGAUUUUCUGGUUGCCCAGGCGAGUGUCUUCUUCACCGCUGGAUUUGAGACUUCCUCAUCGGCCAUGAGCUUUGGUCUCCUGGAGCUGGCCAAACAGCCGGUCCUUCAGGAUCGGUUGAGGCAGGAAAUCAAUGAAGCUCUGCUAAAGGACGGCGGCAAAUUGACCUACGAGACAAUUAAUUCACUGGAAUAUCUCACCAUGGUGGUGGAUGAAAUACUCCGCAUGUAUCCAGUGUUGCCCUUCCUCGAUCGAGAGUACCAAGGCAUCAAGGGUCAGCCGGAUCUCUCCUUGGAACCCUACUACAACUACAAGUUGGAGACGGGCAUUCCAGUCUUCAUACCUGUCUAUGGUCUCCAGCGUGAUCCCAAGUACUGGCCAAAUCCGGAUCACUUUGACCCUGAACGCUUCUCGCCUGAGAAUCGCAAGUCGAUUGUCGCCAUGGCCUAUCAGCCCUUUGGUCUGGGCCCUCACAACUGCAUUGGCAGUCGAAUUGGCCUGCUCCAGGCUAAGCUGGGACUGGUGCACUUCCUCAAGAAUCACUAUGUGCGCUGCUGUUCAAAGACUGUAAAGGAUGUGGAAUUCGAUCCAAACACCUUUGUACUUCAACUGCAUACGGGCCCCUUCUUGGAGAUUAUUCACGAUGGACUUUACGAUAAUAAGGCUAAGAUGCUCUAAUUCUAAUCUUG